AAAACGGGAAAUGGUCAAAUUAGCAUAGUUUUAACUUUUCCCGGUUGCGUAUAUAAUCCGUUGAUUAUCGAAGCAAGCACCUCAAUUUUUCCCACAUUUUCUCUUCAUUUGCCUACGUUUGUAGAUUUUUAUUUAACGUUGAAAGAAAAAGACAAAAAGAGUCCACAAAUUUGGGAAAUUUGAAGAGCCUAAGACAUGAAGAACUCUGGAAUCCUCGCCGCCUCCAUCUCCGCCGCCGCUUCCGCCACCGCCGUCUCCACCACUAACGCCUCCGUGUCAUUCUCUUUUCCGGAAUCCAAUCUUUCCCGUCAGGAUUCAAAGGAAAAACAGAGAAAGAAAAAGGGUUCGGAAGAUGGAGGAGAUGAAAAGUUUUCUCCAAGGUUUGAUGGGUUAAGGUUCAUCGAGACGCUUAUUACUGCUCACCGAUAACCUUUGCAUUUUCCCGAUUUUUCCCGAUUUGCAAUUGUUUAGCCAAUUGAUCAACAACAAAGUUACUGAUUUUUAAUUUGAGCCUUUUGUUCCUUUUUUCACCUUGUAACUUUGGAUUAAAGAAGUGUAACACUUUGGAAAAGUUUUAUAUACCACCAAGAGGCAUGUUACACUUUGUCUCGUUUAUUUUUCUUGCUAAUUAUGUCCAUAAAGCCUUAGAGAUUAACUCAGCCCAUCAAGUACCAAAAUGUUAUCAUGUUCCACAUGCGUCUGUGAAAUACUGAAAUGUUAGUUUUGU